AACGAAUCAACACAGCGCUUCAGAAGCAAGAAGCUCAUAUUGGAGUAAGAAUGUCACUAGACGCAUCCAUUUGUCUCUACAAUCUAACUCUUCAGAAGCAAAGUGCAUCCAUUAACUCAUGUGUUGGUAAUUUCAGCGGGAAGAAGUCUCAAGAAAUCAUAACAGCUACUUCAAACUCUUUAACUGUUUAUAAACCUGAUGUUGAUACGGGGAAAUUGGUCAACGUGCUAACUACUCAAAUAUUUGGAAUUAUCAGAAGUGUGGCAAAUUUCAAAAUUGCUGGUGCAGGAAAAGAUUAUUUGGCUGUAACUUCGGACUCUGGUAAUUUAUCAAUAUUGGAAUUAGAUUUACCUAAUGGUCAAUUCAAUGCAUUAUUCAAUGAACCAUAUCAUAAAAGUGGUAUAAGGAGACUUUCACCAGGACAAGAGUUGGCAGUUGACCCCAAAGGUAGAGCUAUUUUGGCAACUGCAGUGGAGAAGAAUAAACUUUGUUAUGUGCUGAAUAGAGAUUUGGAAAAUAAUUUAACGAUAUCAUCGCCUUUAGAAGCAAACAGAUCUAAAAUAUUGACAAUAAAUACAGUUGGGCUAGAUGUUGGUUAUGAAAAUCCAUUGUUUGCCACUAUAGAGAUUGAUUAUUCCGAUUAUGAAUAUAAUGAAGUGACGGAAUAUGAAAAAUACUUGACAUAUUAUGAACUAGACCUUGGUUUAAACCAUGUUGUUCGGAAAAACUCUGAGAAAAUCAGUCCGACUUCAAACUUGUUAUUACAAGUACCAGGUGGUAAUGAUGGUCCUUCUGGGGUUUUGAUUUGCUCUCAAAAUAUGAUAUCUUAUAGAGGGUUAGAAGGUGAAAAAGUUUCAAUCAAUAUACCCAAGUUGAAAAAUGAUCAAGCAAAUGUGUUUAUAGUGUCAGGGGUGCUGCAUAAAAUGAAAAAUCAAUUCUUUUUCAUUGUCCAAUCGAAUAAUGGUGAUCUUUUCAAAGUUGAACUAUUAGAAGAUGGUUCUAUCGCUAUUAGUUAUUUUGAUACUAUACCUCUAACCACUUCAUUAAUUAUUUUACGUUCAGGGUUUAUGUAUGCUGAUACUCAAUAUAGUUCUAAAGCCUUUUAUCAAUUUGAAAAACUAGGAAAUGAAAAUCCAUUUACCUCCUCAAGUGAUGAACCUAUUGAGGAACUAACAUUUGAAAGAACAGAGGAGUUGGAAAAUUUGUUAUUAGUGGAUAUUCAAGAAUCUUUAAACCCAAUAUUAGACUCAAAAUUGGUUAGUGAUGAUGCUUUCACUAAGAUCUAUGCAGCAUCUGGCUAUAAGGAUUCUGCACAAUUGAAAGUUUUACAGUAUGGUUUACCAAUCAAUGAACUUGUGGAAAGUGAUUUACCAGGUGUUGCUAAUAAGGUGUGGACUACAAAACUUCACAAAGCGGACCAAUUUGAUAGAUAUUUGGUGAUUUCAUUUACUGAUACUACGUUAGUGUUAUCGAUUGGUGAAAGUGUUGAAGAAAUAACAGACUCAGGACUUGCUUUAAAUGAAGAAACAAUCGGAGUCCAACAAAUUGGAGCUCAUUCCAUCGCGCAGGUUCAUUCCAAUGGUGUAAGAAAUAUCAAAAAUGGACAAGUUGUUAGUGAAUGGUUUCCCCCAGCAGGGAUUAAGAUCAUAGUUAGCUCUUCAACAAACCGACAAAUUGCUGUUGGUUUAUCAAAUAAUGAAUUGGUUUAUUUUGAAGUUGAUGAAAGGGAUAGAUUGAUUGAAUAUGGUGAACGUAAAGAGUUACAUACAAGAACUGUCUCUCUAUCAUUAGGUGAUAUUUCUGAAGGAAGACUAAGAUCACCUUUCUUAGUGGUUGGUUGCGACGAUUCCACAAUCAGAGUGCUAUCAGUUGAUCCGAAAUCAACUUUGGAAUCUUUAUCUUUACAAGCUUUAAGCUCAGCUCCAAAUGAUAUUUUAACAUGCACUAUGAAUGGCCAACUAUUUGUCAAUAUAGGUUUAGAGAAUGGUGUUUACGUUAGAACUUUGUUGGAUGAGAGAACUGGUCAGUUAUCAGAUACAAGAACAAAAUAUCUAGGUAAUAAACCUGUUGUGUUGAGCAAAGUUGUUGUUUCGGGUAUAAAUGUUGUUUUAGCUUUAUCAAACAAGACAUGGGUUGUCCAUGAAACUAAAAAUGGUGCUUUUAAGAUCAACUCUUUGCUGAUAAACCCACUAAAGUUUGGCUUCAUUUUCAAUAGUGAAGAAUGUACUGACGGUAUUGUUGGUAUUUACAAAAGAAAUUUGAUAAUUUUCACUAUUGAUGAUUUGGUUCAUGAUUUCAAUAUCACUUCGUCUGAACUUAAAACCACACCAAAAAAUUUAUUAAGAUACAAAGAAUCAACAAUUGUUGCACAGAACUCUUCGGAAGCUAGCUUUAUCGAAAAGUUUGAUGAAUCAUUGGAGUUGGUAAAGUCUGAACAAUUAGCACCUAAUGAGCGCAUAAUUACAUCUGGCGUUGUUCAUUUCCAAUCCAAAGAUGCCUCAUAUGUUGUUGUAUCAGUUUCCAAAACAGUCGAAAGCUCCACAGAGUAUUACAUUAAUACUUAUGAUAUCGAUUUGAAUUUCAAACACGCUACUAAAAUCGCUGAUGCAGCUUAUUCAAUUGUUGAGUUUCAAGGUAAAGUGUUGAUUGGUGUUGGGAACCAUUUGCGUUUAGUUGAUAUUGGGUUGAAACAGUUGUUAAGUAAAGCUAAUUCAAGAAUUGAAUCAGUCUCUCAAAUUGUUAGAAUCGAGUCUCAAGGGAAUAGGGUUGUCAUUGGUGAUAUUAGAGAAUCUGUUACAUUUUUGAUUUUCAAGCCAAACAUGAAUGAAUUUUUACCAUUUGCUGAUGAUGUUCUACCUCGUCAUAUUACAAGCAUUAAACUGCUGGACUACAAUACUGUUAUUGGAGGUGACAAAUUUGGUAAUUUGUUUGUCUUGAGAGCAACUGAAGAAGCAUCAAAAGUCAGUGAUACAAAUUCAACUUUUUUGAUUACACAAGACAAAGUUUUGAAUGGGGCUCCUUAUAAAUUAUCAAAUAUUUGUAAUUUUUAUAUUGAGGACAUCCCAACAUCAUUUUCAAAAGGUUCAUUUACAAUUGGUGGUCGUGAUAUUGUGAUUUAUUCGGGUCUACAAGGAACUAUCGGUGCAUUGAUCCCGUUAUUGACUAAAUCAGAUAUAAAAUUUUUCCAUAAUUUAGAAAAGGCAAUGAGAACGUACAAGGAAGACUUGUUAGGUCGUAUGAACUUGAUGUUUAGAGGCUAUUAUCAACCAGUGAAAAAUGUCAUUGAUGGUGAUUUAAUAGAGACGUUCAACACUUUGAGUGAUGAUUUGAAAAUUCAAAUUGCAAAUGAAUUGGACAAAACACCAAGAGAGGUGUCUAAAAAAAUUUACGAAGUUAGAACAAUGUCAAUAUAGAAUGUUAAU